ACGUGAAUUGUUGACCUCAUCCCAACAUCAGAACCUCAGCUGUUAUUCUAAUUUUUGCACCAUUCCAGGCAAGUUGACUUUAUAUGGAAAUAAAAUUGAACCUUAGGGGUCUGAUGGAAAUUCACUGUGACAUUCAAAUCAAGAAAACUUGCUGAAACCCACAGAGCCUUUUCCCCAUGGGCCCUGAUGGUAGCCUCCAGAAGGUACAACCUCAGGUGGUCCCUCUUCUUCUGUGGCAAGAAUAAACUCUGGGUCUUGGAUUGCAACACCACCUGUGGAGAAAAUGGUAUGCGAGGGAAAGCGAUCAGCCUCUUGUCCUUGUUUCUUCCUCCUGACUGCCAAGUUCUACUGGAUCCUCACAAUGAUGCAAAGAACUCACAGCCAGGAGUAUGCCCAUUCCAUACGAGUGGAUGGGGACAUCAUUUUGGGGGGUCUCUUCCCUGUCCAUGCAAAGGGAGAGAGAGGGGUGCCUUGUGGGGAGUUGAAGAAGGAAAAGGGGAUCCACAGACUGGAGGCCAUGCUGUAUGCAAUCGACCAGAUUAAUAAGGACCCUGAUCUCCUCUCCAAUAUCACUCUGGGUGUCCGGAUCCUGGACACAUGCUCCAGGGACACGUAUGCUUUGGAGCAGUCUCUAACGUUCGUGCAGGCAUUGAUAGAGAAAGAUGCUUCCGAUGUGAAGUGUGCUAAUGGAGAUCCACCCAUCUUCACCAAGCCUGACAAGAUUUCUGGAGUCAUAGGUGCUGCAGCAAGCUCUGUGUCCAUCAUGGUUGCUAAUAUUUUAAGACUUUUUAAGAUACCUCAAAUCAGCUAUGCAUCCACAGCCCCAGAGCUAAGUGAUAAUACCAGGUAUGACUUCUUCUCUCGGGUGGUCCCGCCUGACUCCUACCAAGCGCAAGCCAUGGUGGACAUCGUGACGGCACUGGGGUGGAAUUAUGUGUCGACACUGGCUUCUGAGGGCAACUACGGAGAGAGUGGUGUGGAGGCCUUCACUCAGAUCUCGAGGGAGAUUGACCUUUUCCACAUUCAUGGUGAUAAAGAUUUGUUACUCUAUUCUCAUCCUGAAACAUUCAGUGGUCUGAAUGUCAUUGUCAUUGAAACUGUGGUGUUCCCUUCACUAGCCUUCAGUAGCAGUGAUUCCCAAACAGGAGCCAGGAUGGGUGGGAAACAGGCGGAACAGAAGAGAAGAAUGGAAGCCGCUUCCACGGCAGGCAGUAAACCUUCUGAGCUGGAUGUCCCUGAAGCUUCCUAA